AUGCCACCUCAAGAACUCGUCGUAGUGCCCAAAACAAUCCACAAUGUCCUCAACCAAAUGCGUUCCAAAAUCUUCAUGACGGCUUACAACCCGACAGGCGCAAGGCAAGGGACAAAGUACUUACGGAAGAAACCUAUGGGACAGAAGUUUCUCGAGUAUUACCCCGAUACCAUAAUUAGGCCGUCCCAGGCCAAUUCCUCAAAAUCUCAUGCAAUGUAUCCCGGCUGGACGGGUCUCAUACCGGGUAUACCGUAUGGGAAGAUGCAGAAGGCGACGUUCAAAGAGAAGCCCGACACCGUGCCUGGACCGUCCAAAGCCUCUAUCGCGACUUCAUCCCCCGCAUCUCCAGACGCCUCGGUCUCAGCUCCAUCUUCUCUUGAAGGCGCGGCCGAUCUAUCUACCGUGGCCGAAACAUCCUCGUCAUCCUCAUCCUCAUCCUUAUCGACUACUACCGUCUCGUCCGAAACCAAUUCAUCUGCAGCCACCACUCCUCAAACACAGGAAACACAGAUUCAGAAUGAGAAUGCCACCGCCACACGCCAAGAGAUGUUGGCCGCCCUCAAAGCAGCUGGGAUUCGCCCUGAUUCCAUGUACUUUGGAGCGGACAACUUUUUCGGUGCUGCACCUCCUGAAGAGUAUUGGCCGACAGCUUGGCAAGCGGAUUGGAAGGAAAGAUACAGAAUCAAGAAGCUGACGAGGAGGAGACGUAUUGGGAAAAUUACACCAAAGAAGGGUGAAGGAAAGAGAUCACAGCUUGGCAAGGGCAAGAAGAAGUAG